AAACCUUGGACCAAAUCUGAAUGUAAUUUCUUGAGCCAGGAUGGAAGGGGAGUCUUACCACAAUGAAACUACUGUCAACGACACCCCAGUAAAUCACCAGGCUUUGGAACGCCAUGGACUGUGGGAAGUCAUUACUAUUGCAGCUGUGACCGCUGUGGUCAGCCUGAUGACCAUUGUCGGCAAUGUCUUGGUCAUGAUCUCCUUCAAAGUCAACAGUCAACUCAAGACAGUUAAUAACUAUUAUCUGCUCAGCUUGGCCUGUGCAGACCUCAUCAUUGGCAUCUUCUCCAUGAACCUGUACACGACCUACAUCCUCAUGGGACGCUGGGUUCUCGGGAGUCUGGCUUGUGACCUUUGGCUUGCACUAGACUAUGUAGCCAGCAACGCUUCUGUCAUGAACCUUCUGGUGAUUAGCUUUGACCGUUACUUUUCCAUCACAAGACCACUGACAUACCGGGCCAAGCGUACUCCAAAGAGAGCUGGCAUCAUGAUCAGCUUGGCAUGGCUUGUCUCCUUCAUCCUCUGGGCACCAGCCAUCCUCUGCUGGCAGUACUUGGUCGGGAAGCGGACAGUACCACCUGACGAGUGCCAGAUUCAGUUCCUCUCUGAGCCCACUAUCACUUUUGGGACCGCCAUCGCUGCCUUCUACAUUCCUGUCUCUGUCAUGACCAUACUCUACUGCCGGAUCUACCGGGAAACAGAAAAGCGAACCAAGGACCUGGCUGACCUGCAAGGUUCUGAUUCUGUGGCAGAAGCCAAGAAGAGAAAGCCAGCUCACAGGACCCUGCUCAGAUCUUUCUUUAGCUGCCCUAGACCCAGCCUGGCCCAGAGAGAAAGGAAUCAGGCCUCCUGGUCAUCCUCCCGUAAAAGCACCUCAACAACAGGAAAGCCAACCCAGGCCACUGACCUAAGUGCUGACUGGGAAAAGGCUGAGCAGGUUACCAACUGUAGCAGCUAUCCCUCUUCAGAGGAUGAAGCCAAGCCCACCACCACUGACCCAGUUCUUCAAGUGGUCUACAAGAGUGAGGCCAAAGAAAGCCCGGGGAAGGAAUUCAAUACCCAAGAAACCAAGGAAACACUUGUGAACCCUCGGACUGAAAACAAUGACUAUGACACUCCCAAAUACUUCCUGUCUCCAGCUGCUGCUCACAGACUCAAGAGUCAGAAGUGCGUUGCCUAUAAGUUCCGAUUGGUGGUAAAAGCUGAUGGCUCCCAAGAGACUAACAAUGGCUGUCGCAAGGUGAAAAUCAUGCCCUGUUCCUUCCCAGUGUCCAAAGACCCUUCAACAAAAGGCCUGGAUCCCAACCUCAGCCAUCAAAUGACCAAACGAAAGAGAAUGGUCCUAGUCAAAGAGACGAAAGCAGCCCAGACCUUGAGUGCCAUUCUCCUGGCUUUCAUCAUCACAUGGACCCCUUAUAACAUCAUGGUCCUGGUUUCCACCUUCUGUGACAAGUGUGUCCCUGUCACCCUGUGGCACUUGGGUUACUGGCUGUGCUAUGUCAACAGCACCAUCAACCCCAUCUGCUAUGCUCUCUGCAACAGAACCUUCAGGAAGACCUUUAAGCUACUUCUUCUCUGCCGGUGGAAAAAGAAAAAAGUAGAAGAGAAAUUGUAUUGGCAAGGCAACAGCAAGCUACCCUGAAACCUUAGCAACACUUCUCGAAAGAAUAAUGAUCACAGUCUGGUUUGCUUGUUUAAAGAAUGUUAUCUGUCAUUCUGAGUCCCUGAAGGCCUG